ACAGCAUCGGGUAAUAUAGGAAGAAAAAGUAACUCGGCCUCUGGAUUUUCCAUCUACCACAGAAGCAAAACAGCUGGAAGCUUUUUUCUUGUAGUCUCUCCUGACAGUCAUCACACUUGCUUCAAAAUGAAGAUAUUUAAAUGGACUUUGGGUGUACUGUUGUUCCUGCUGUUGUCUAUUGGGCGCUGUACAGAACCAUCCACACCUAAUAAAACAUCCCAACGCAGGUACCCUCGUUCAGCAGAGGGGGGAGAGGAAGGGAAGAAAUGUGGCUACACAUUCUUGGUCCCAGAACAGAAAAUCACGGGGCCAAUUUGUGUGAAUACUAACGCACCAAGUACUGGUAACAGAAAAGAUGAAGUCACCAGAAUGGACAUAGAGAACUUGAAGGACGUCCUGUCCAAGCAAAAGCGGGAGAUCGACAUUUUGCAACUGGUGGUGGACGUGGAUGGAAACAUUGUGAAUGAAGUGAAAUUACUGAGGAAAGAAAGUCGUAACAUGAACUCUCGGGUCACCCAACUCUACAUGCAACUCUUGCAUGAGAUAAUUCGAAAGCGUGAUAACUCCCUGGAGCUUUCCCAACUGGAAAACAAAGUCCUCAACGUUACAACGGAAAUGUUGAAGAUGGCGACAAAAUACAAGGAGCUUGAAGUAAAAUAUGCAGCACUCACUGACCUUGUAAAUAAUCAGUCUGUGACCAUCUCGCUGCUGGAAGAGCAGUGCUUGAGAAUCUUUUCACGACAGGACACCCAUGGGUCACCACCUCUAGUUCAAGUCGUGCCCCAGCACAUUCCUAACAGCCAGCCACACACACCGGUUCUUCUGGGAGGUAACGAGAUACAGCGAGACCCAGGCUACCCCAGAGACAGAGAUGUAAGGCCACCACCUGAUCCAGCUACUUCUCCUACAAAGAGUCCCUUCAGAGUACCACCACUGGCUUUAAUUAAUGAGGGUCCAUUCAAAGACUGCCAACAAGCCAAGGAAGCUGGGCAUUCCAACAGUGGGAUUUAUAUGAUCAAACCUGAAAACAGUAAUGAGCCGAUGCAACUAUGGUGUGAGAACAGCCUGGACCCUGGAGGAUGGGCAGUUAUUCAGAAGAGGACAGAUGGAUCUGUCAACUUCUUCAGGAACUGGGACAGUUACAAGAAAGGAUUUGGAAACAUCGACGGAGAGUACUGGCUGGGACUAGAAAAUAUUUACAUGCUUACUAAUCAGGAUAAUUACAGACUAUUGAUUGAAUUAGAGGACUGGAGCAACAAGAAAGUCUAUGCAGAAUACAGCAGCUUCCGCCUGGAGCCUGAAAGUGAGUUCUACAGGCUACGCUUGGGAACCUACCAAGGAAACGCUGGCGAUUCCAUGAUAUGGCACAAUGGGAAGCAGUUCACAACACUGGACAGAGACAGGGAUAUGUAUUCAGGAAACUGUGCUCAUUUUCACAAAGGCGGCUGGUGGUACAACGCGUGUGCCCACUCCAACCUGAAUGGGGUGUGGUACAGAGGAGGCCACUACAGGAGCAAGUACCAGGAUGGAAUAUUUUGGGCUGAGUACAGGGGAGGUUCCUACUCCUUGAAAGCAGUUCAAAUGAUGAUCAGACCUAUAGAGUGAGGAGGAGAAUCCCGCAGUGCUCAAAUGAUCACGUAUAAACUUCUCGGGGCUUGUGUUCCAGAAAAAUAAAAUAUUACUUUUUAAUCAUUAUUUUGCACAAUCUGCCCCUGCAAAAAGCAGGUCUACAGUUUUCCUGUCCUUUUUUUCCCCCUAUUGUGUUCCCCUCUCCUUUUUUUAGAAACCUUUUCUACUGUGACAGACUGUGUUUUUUUAAACACACAUUCACAAAAGCAGAUGUUUGUGCUUGCAAUGCAUAUUUAUCUUUGUUCAAGUUCAACAUACUUUACAUAAACAGUCAUUAAAGCUGGUAAAAAAUUCCAGAUAUGACAAGAUAUAAGCUUUUUCACUUAAAAAAGCUUAUGCUUUUUCAGGUUAGCUCAAUCCUUAAAUGUAAAUAUGUGAAAUGACAUUGUCUUGCUUUAAUGUGAAAAUUGGUUAGUUAUUUAACAAUUUAUUUAAAAAUGUGGGUAUUACUUUCAAUGAAAAUCUGACUUCACAUUUCUGUUUAAGAUCUACUUCAAGAAGCUACACAAACAUUUAAAGACAUGCUAGCUUUGCCAGCAGAGAGAGAUUUUUGCAAUAAACAAUUGUUUCAAAAUGAAGCGAUGAAUUAAACUAUAAAACUUCUUAGUGAUGUAGAGAAUUCCUUAAGAUCUGCAUAUUCUACCUUUUGUAAAACACUUAGGCACAAUGCUCCUAACAUAAGAAAACGAAGUGUAUGAGACCUUAAGACAAACAAAUUGCUUGGGACUUUUUUUUUUUACUGUAUUCCAACAUUGUAAUUCCACGAAAGUAUUUCUUAAUUCUUAGAACUUCCAUGGCAAAACAAAAAGUCCUGAUACCAAAAUCAACUUCAGAUUUCUAGACCCCUCCCUUGCUCCAAUAAGGAAUAAUGAGUUCUGAACAAGUGUUUACACUUGAAGAGAAAGACCCAGUCUGAAUGCUGGAUUUCCUCCAGCACAGCUUCCUGCUGACACAGCGAAACAAAGAUCAGAAGCCAGGUCUGAGUGUAUUUUCCCUGCCACCCCAAACUUGGCCUGCUCUUAUGACAUACUCAUUUCCCUUCCCCUACAUGUAUAAAACUUUUGAUAGCCUGUAUUUUUUCCUACCUUUUACAUAUCAGACUUCCACUGGAAUUAAUAUGUAAUUUAAGAAAUGAAUUAGAAAACACUUUUUCAACCGUUAACAAAAGCCAUGCUACAAACUACAUCAGAACAAGAUAGUUCCAAAAUCAGAAACAACUAAAUAUUCACUUUCAGUACUAGAAUCUCCAAAUCUAAGGCUUUCUUCUUACUAUAUAAAAUUGUUUGAUAAUGGUACUUAGCCACACAGCUUACCAAAUCUAAUUUGAUAUUAUACAAAAACUAAAUAUGCUGCUCAGAGCUGUAACCAAUGUAUUAGUUUGGCCCCUCAUGGGUUCCUUCAGGAUUUUAAGGAACUUUGCCCCUAUUUAACGUAAGAAAACCCAACAGCUAAAAGAAUAAUGUUUAUGUUAAAUUAGUUGAUACCAAUUGCUAUGCAAAACCUCAUUUGUAAUUCAGAGGAGGAAAAACUACAAUUCUGCUCUCAAAACACAAUCUCUGGAGUAGAUACAGCUUCAUUGAUAACACCUGGCUGCAAGAGCUGUAGUUAAACAUUUGGUCAGAGAUGAACGUCAACAAAUUCCAACAAUAUUCAGUUGGGGUUGGUAGGGAAACCAGUCCCAAAAUACUCCAUUCCUAAAUUCCAAGAAUUUUAACUGACACAACUGUUUAAGGUUACAAUUCUGAAAUUAUUCUUCAUAUAUAGAAUAUUUGUUUGUUACAAAUAUUGUACAGACCACACUGAUUGUUCUGUAAAAUGCUUUUGAAUUGUAAAUGCUUAACAUUCAGACUAUGUAUAGUCUAUUUUUUUGUUUUAUUCCUAUGGUAGUUGGAAAGAACAGUGGUUCAAGUAAAUUUAGAAGCUGAAAAUACCCUCCAAAAUGUUACUUUAAUGAACACUUCUAGCAGCUUUAGUUCAUUCAACCAACAGAUUUCCUCUCCUUGGAAGAGGUCUUAUUUUACCCCAACAAUCUCUUGCCUGCUACAAAACCAGCGUUUGUUUAUUCAGUGCAGCCAGUGAAAGGUGUACUUUGCAGAGAGCCCUAAGCAAAAUUACCUUGCACUCACACUUUCAAUUAAAUAUAUUAGACAUCUAGAAAGCGUGUCUUGCCCAAUUUAAAGCUGCAAGAUGACAUGAACUGAACAUUAUUAUAAAAUAUACCCAGGAAGCUCAGACUGUACAAACACUGUGCCCUGAAAGGAAAGAAUAAGUUGCCAAUUUGAGAUUACAACGAGGGAAUGCACAGCAUCUUUUUUCAGGCAGGUUCCUAAGAAUUUAAUGUAAUAACGGUUCACAUAACAAUUCACUACUUUCAAAUGCUUGUACCUCUGUCAGCUCUUGGCUUUUGGAUUUCAUUUCCUAAGCAUGGUAAUUGUCUUUAAAAGUUCAGUGCUUUCUCUCACAGGUUUUUUUAGAAAAGUUUUUCAGAAUAGGCUGAAGCAUCCCUUAAGCUUCUUGCACUCAACACUCAGAAGCAGCCUCUCUGUGAAGGAUACAGCUUUCACCAUUCCUGUAUUAUUAGUCCAAAUUCAGCCAAGCAGACCUCAAACAAAUUUAACAUGUACUAAACAUGAAACACUGUUUUCACUUGUAUUUCCAAAAAGUCUACUGCAAACAUUAUCACUGAAGCAGCCAAAUACUCAAACAAAUACUUCAAUAACCUGUUUUUAGCUUUCCUGUUUCUGGAUAUAAUUCCUGAAAGUCAGCUGUAAGAAAAUAUUUCACAAGGUAGC